CCAAUAAGACUGCGGCAUCGCGUAACCUUAUUGGCUGUUUACGCAUCAUUUUGGCACUUGUAACUUUGUCUCACUGAUCGGAGCUAUUCCAUUUCUCUCCGGGGUCUCUAUCGCCAUUAACCACCAAAAUCAAAUCAAUUAAUGGCGUUGUACGUUCUAUCACGUCGUUUAUCAAGUAGAUCCACCUCAACGACGCUACUCACCUUGCGUUUUACUUCCAACUACUCAUCCUCUUCCUUUCGGGAAGAAAGAGAUACCUUCGGACCUAUUCAAGUUCCCUCCGAUAAAUUAUGGGGAGCACAGACUCAGAGAUCUUUGCAGAACUUCGAUAUUGGUGGUCCUCGUGAACGCAUGCCUGAACCUAUUGUUCGUGCUUUUGGUAUCUUGAAAAAAUGCGCUGCUAAGGUGAACAUGGAGUAUGGUCUUGAUCCUACCAUUGGGAAAGCGAUUAUGCAGGCGGCACAGGAAGUUGCCGAGGGGAAGCUAAAUGAUCAUUUUCCCCUUGUUGUUUGGCAAACUGGAAGUGGUACUCAAAGUAACAUGAAUGCCAAUGAGGUAAUUGCAAACAGAGCAUCCGAGAUUCUUGGCCAUAUGCGUGGUGAGAAGUUUGUUCACCCAAAUGACCAUGUCAAUAGAUCACAAUCUUCUAAUGAUACAUUUCCAACUGUGAUGCACAUUGCUGCUGGAAUGGAAAUAAACUCAAGACUAAUCCCCAGCUUGAAAACCUUACACGCUACACUAAACUCAAAGUCAAUCGAAUUCAAAGAUAUUGUCAAGAUUGGACGCACUCACACUCAAGAUGCUACACCUUUAACUCUGGGACAGGAGUUUAGUGGGUAUACUACACAAGUGAAGUAUGGUAUUGAACGUGUGAUUAGCACUUUGCCACACAUGUAUCAGCUCGCCCAGGGUGGUACAGCUGUAGGGACUGGAUUGAAUACAAAGAAGGGGUUUGAUGCUAAGAUAGCAGCAGCUGUAGCUGAGGAAACACAUCUUCCCUUUGUAACAGCAGAAAACAAGUUUGAGGCCUUGGCUGCCCAUGAUGCUUUUGUUGAAACUAGUGGAGCACUCAACACAAUUGCGGCUUCUUUAAUGAAGGUUGCCAAUGAUAUACGGUUGUUAGGAAGUGGUCCCCGUUGCGGCCUUGGUGAACUCAUUCUUCCUGAAAACGAACCAGGAAGCAGUAUUAUGCCUGGGAAGGUUAACCCUACCCAGUGUGAGGCUUUGACUAUGGUCUGUGCACAGGUCAUGGGAAACCAUGUUGCAAUCACUGUGGGUGCAUCAAAUGGUCAUUUUGAGCUCAAUGUAUUCAAGCCAGUGAUUGCCAGUUGUCUCCUUCAUUCACUGAGACUUCUUGGAGAUUCAUCUGCUUCCUUUGAAAAGAAUUGUGUAAGAGGUAUUCAAGCUAAUAGAGAGAGAAUUUCAAAGUUACUGCAUGAGUCACUGAUGCUGGUCACAUCCUUGAACCCAAAAAUUGGUUAUGACAAGGCAGCAGCAGUUGCCAAGACAGCCCACAAAGAAGGGACUACACUUAAGGAAGCUGCAUUGAAGCUUGGAGUCCUGAGCUCUGAAGAAUUCGACAGUCUUGUGGUGCCUGAAAAAAUGAUUGGCCCAUCUGAUUGAUUAUCAUAUGAUGUUUUGUUUUAAUGAUUAUUGGUUCCUCAUCAGCUUCGUCUCAGAUUUAACAUUUUUUAAGCUUAUCCAUGGAAUCAAUUGGGGAAUGGUAAUCCAUAAACCUCAAUGAUUGACUUUCUUAGUCGGCAUUCUUGAGGAAAGAGAUCCUCCAAAUUUUUAGAGAGACAAGAAAUAAAGGAAUUUUUUUGUUUAUUCCGUAUAAAUUAUAGUCUUAAAUGCACUUUUAGCCCCUUAAAUUUCUUAAUGGUGCGAAAUAAUCGUCACACUAGUAAUAAUCAUCACAUGUUGUUGUAAUAAAAGGGAAAGGAAGUUUGUAAACAAUUGUAAUAACAAAAAUCAUAUUCAACA